AUGGCGGAUAGAAAGUCUUUGGAACGCCAGUCUUCAGUACGGAGGUCCACACAACAGAAUAACGAGAAGAGAGCACAGGAGUGGCGCGCGCGUGCCUGGGGCAUCCGCAGGCGGGGGUUGGCGGGGUCUCUCGCCACGAGCAGCAAUCCGAUAGCAGCAUCGAAACACCGAGGGCCUUCUGCAAAGUACGACAACACUGAUGAAGCGGAUAAGUUCUUAGCUGCCAAGGUCUCGGUCGGCUCCGUCUCUUCGUUGCUACUGCUGCUAUCGCCGUCCCCAAGAGCUCCACGCAGCGUCAACUUCGCAUCGGCUACGCGCGGCGUUUCAGCUCCCAUCGGCGUUGCUGUCUCCUCCGCUGUGUCACUCGACUCGCGCGAGUUGUCACUUUUCCAAACCACCAUCGGUGCCGCUGUCAAGACGAAAGGUGAACUGAGCUUCGAACGCCUGCUUCGAAUCGAAGGUGAAUUCGAGGGCAAACUCAACUCGAAAGGUUCCCUUGUGAUUGGGACUCGUGGGGCUCUUAUCGGCAACGUUGACAACAUGAAGGAGGUGUAUAUCACAGGCGGUCGAAUCGUGGGUAAUGUCAAUGUGGAGAAGCUCGUGCUCCGAGACAAGGCCCAAAUAUUCGGAAACAUCACCGCCAAGUCGGUCAAGAUUGAGCCAGAGUGCAUUGUUGUUGGACGGAUCAAUGUGAACCCGCAGGCACCUGAUCCGGAGAGGAUCCAUCGAGCACAAAGUCGUUAG